AUGUGUCCCACAGCAAACCACACUCAAGUCGCAUCAAGAAUGCUGACCGAUAUCCCUUUCCAGGUUGACGAGCAGAAUCUCCUACACUGGACGAUCGGGUUAAUCGUUCUAAACCCGGAUUCUUUAUACUAUGGCGGCUACUUCAAAGCGAUCAUGAAAUUCCCGAGUAACUACCCUUACUCCCCACCAGAAUUUCGUUUUGUCCGCCCCCUCUACCACCCGAACAUCUACAAAGACGGCAAGCUCUGCAUAUCCAUUCUCCACGCCCCAGGCGAGGAUGAAAUGUCCGGCGAAUUAGCCUCAGAGCGAUGGUCACCAGCCCAACGAGUCGAAUCCGUGCUCAUCUCCAUUCUCUCCCUCCUCGACGACGCCGAGAUCUCCUCCCCGGCCAACGUCGACGCCUCUGUCAUGCUACGCAAGAGCCCCGACGAAUACAAAUCGAUCGUGAAAAAGCACGUGGAGGAGUCGAAGAACGACAUUCCCGAGGGAUUCGUCAUGCCCACCCACGAAUCCACCACAUCAGUCUCUAAACCCGUGGAGAAGGACGACUCCGACUUCUGGGCUGAGAGCGACGUGGACGACGACGUCUUCGGCGGUAGCGACUCCGACGAGGACCUUGAUGUUUAUGACGACGACGAAGAUCAGGAUUCCGGCAGUGACGAAGAAGAAGAAGACGACCACAAGGCUACUUGA